AAAUGAUUGUUAAUUCGACAACAACAACAAAUACACCCACACCUACAACAACAACCACACCUACAACUCCCUUAGCAGCACCACCUACGAUGCCUCCCCAAGCACCCAGCACGCCUACCGAGGCACCCAGUGUCCCCACAAUCAUAGCAAACAAAGUAAACGGCAGCAUUUAUCAACCCCUCUCCACGCCGCUCAGUGUAAGGACGGAGGACACUACAUUGGCUUCUGCGAAGACCACCCCCAUGAAUAAGUCCAUCAAACACGAUCUAUUUCCCGAAGUCACAUUUUGCAAUCUGUCCACCGAAGAUCUGACAGAUGGGCGAAACACCUCUUCCCGCCACCUCAAGAGCAGCAUCAUCAUCAUCAACGAUAGUGCGGCGACCACCACCACAUUGGCCAAUGGCAAUGGUAAUCAGUGUAAGAAACGAAAACGUCUGAUUUCCGACGAAUCGGGAGACUCCACCGAGUCCGGUCUGAGUGAGAAAAAGAAGCCAGAAAUGCCCGAUGGCGGAUAUGGCUGGGUAGUGGUGUUUGCCUCCUUGGUGGUCUCUCUGAUUGCCGAUGGUCUUUCCUUUUCGUUUGGCCUUAUCAAUACGGAAUUGCUGAGCUACUUUGGCGAGAGUCCUUCGAAGACCGCAUGGAUCAGUUCGCUGUUCUUCUCAGUGCCUUUGCUUAUGGGGCCCAUAUGGUCGAAUUUGGUGGACAAAUAUGGUUGCCGCAAAAUGACCAUUCUCGGCGGUCUGGUGUCGGCCAUAGGCUUUGGCCUCUCCUCCAUAUGCAACUCGGUGGAGAUGCUUAUGGUGACCUUUGGCAUCAUUUCGGGUCUGGGCUUGGGCAUAGGCUAUGUGACGGCCGUAGUUUCCAUCGCCUUUUGGUUCGAUAAGAAAAGGACAUUUGCCACUGGUAUCGGGGCCUCUGGCACUGGUAUUGGCACCUUUCUGUAUGCGCCUUUAACACAAUGGCUGAUAGAUAACUACGGCUGGAGAGGAGCUACCCUCAUCUUGGCUGGUACCAUGUUGAAUGCCUGUGUCUGCGGGGCCCUCAUGCGUGAUCCGGACUGGUUGAUUGAGGAGAAUCGUCUGGAGAGCCGUUCCCAAAGUGUAACCACUUUCUCCAAUUCAAGUGUUUGCCUGGAGGAAAUUAAGAAGCUCUUGGAUACAGGAGCUACCAAGGAGUAUGUAUUAGACACUUUGGUUACUAAGAACAAUACAGAGGCCAAUCAGCAGAUCGAAGAUCCCCUGGAGGGCACCAUGAAGAAAUAUCGCAGUGAAUUGUUUUUGCCCACAUUUUUGGGUUCACAAGAUCUGGAUUUAGAAUUGUACGAAGUGAAGAGCAUGAGUCGCCGUUCCUUGCGUCACAAGGAGGGUGUUGAGGCGCCUUCCCGCGAAAAUCUGCUUUCCAUGUCAUCAACAGGCAAUCCCUGUGUGAGUGCAACGGCUGCGGUCAUUGGUUCGCCGGAUGACACCAUGAUGGGUGGCAUACCCACCGAGGUGGCCGAGAAUGCUCGACGCCACUUCUUGGCCUCCAUAGAAACACUGUCGCCCUCGGAGAAGCGAUCUGAGCCCCGCACCCCCAUGAACACCUCCCUCGGUUCGUUGCGUUCGUCCACGGACGAGGGCUAUCUCACCCAAAAGUAUUCCCGCGAACACAACCACCAUGCCGUGGAGAAUUAUGCAAAUUCCCGUUAUUCCCUCAACGAGAAUAUCUUCUUUGCUGCUAAGAAUCAAACCGCCUCUUUCAAGGAUUUACGAGUUAAUGGUUAUCGCUAUAAUUCGGUGGACAUUCUCAAUCCAGAGGUCCACAGCUACUUUGCCAGCAUCAAGGAUGAGGGUGCGGCUCUGAUUGAAGCCAACCUGCGCAAACACAAUGAAAUGUCUGCAAGGACGCAUGGCGGCGGUCCCGCCGUCAUUACCAUCCCCGAAAAUGAGGCCCUGUUGGGUCAACAUCCCAAUAAGACGGUGGGUGUCAAAAGGCCGCGCACAGAUAGCAUAACGGGCAUGCGUCGUCUCUCGAAAUCGAAAAAGCCCAGCUAUCGUUCGAAUCUUAGGCGUAACAUAUCGAUACGCAACUCAAACUUUCUCAAGGACAUGCGUAUUCAUCGGAAUUCGAUACAUUAUCGUGGUGCUAUGUUGAAUACACAUCGGUAUCGUUUGAGAGCCUCAUCGUGUCCGAAUAUCUAUCGGAAUUCAAUGACGACAAUUGCCAAAGAAGAUGAAGAUACAUGGUAUGACAAUCUCAUCGAGACUAUGAAAUCGGUUUUUGAUUUCUCACUAUUUAAGGACGUUAAAUUUACAUUAUUUAAUUUAUCAACAUUAUUCCUAUUUAUUUGGUUUAUAAUACCCUACCUUUAUUUGCCAGAAUAUAUGAAGAAAUAUGACUACGAUGCAGUCGAAAGUGCCCGGCUGAUAUCGGCCAUUGGUGUUGCCCAAACCAUUGGGAUGAUUGGCCUAGGGUAUGUGGGUGACUGUUCCUGGAUGAAUGUCAAUAUUUGCUAUUCAGGAUGCAUGUUAAUAUGUGGCCUUUCAGUUGUGCUAAUGCCAUUGGUGAUAUCAAGCUAUAAUGGCCUGCUGACCUUAUGCAUAAUAUUUGGUUUCACAUUUGCCAGCUCAUUUUCAUUUACGCCAAGUAUUUUGGUUAGUAUAGUUGAUCUAGAUGACUUCACCUGUGCCUAUGGUCUGGUACUGUUGGUGCAGGGUAUUGGCAUGAUAGCUGGUCCACCAAUAGCUGGUGCUAUAUUUGAAACUACGUUGAGAUGGGACGAUACAUUUUAUUUUGCUGGCGUCUUUAUAGCAUUGUCGGGUAUUUGCUCAUACCUGAUAGAAUUCUGUGAAAAGAAACUUAAAGAAAGUGAUAGCGAUGUUUCCGAAUUAAAGAAAAUAAACCUCAUACAUUAAGUUUGUUAAUAGAAAAAAAAACAAAAACAAAAUAAAAUAAUACCCUGUACCACAGUGGUGGUGUAGGGUAUGAUAAAACAGCAAACAACAACAACAACAAAACAAGCAAACACACCACAUUAACUAUUAGAUUUUAUUAAUAAUAAAUUAAUUAUAGUAAAAAAAUGUCGAUUAUUAUUACAAAAGUAAAUGAAAAACAACAAACAAACUUUAGAUAUAAAACAUCAUACAAGAAAAACAAAAAAAAAACAAAAACCACAACACAAAUGCAUAUAACAAGCAAACAAACAACAACUCUAUGAUUAAUUAAUUAUUUAGUGAAAUACAAGAAGAAAAAAAAACAGUUGAGUAGUUCUUAGUUUACAUAGAUAUAUAUUUAAACCGCAGAAACAACAACAACCAUGUAACAAUAAACACACAUUCUCAUAAUCAUCAGAUGCACACAUAUACACACACACACACAAAUGCCAACUUCCCAAUCCACCUCCACACAACCCCCAAACCUUUUUUACCGCUAACGAUUUUUCUGAAAAUUACUAAAGACAUUUGCAAUUCCUUUCUCUGGCCUUAGAUUUUCACCAUUUAAUUAAAAUCCAAAUAAAUCCACAAAACACAACAACAAAAAAAAAACAAGCAUCACCUAUUAAAUACAAUUAAAUUCUUAAUUGUUUUAAUAAAACCUGAUCCGUUAUUGAAAACAAGAAA